ACAAGAGGUGUAUUGUAUUGUUGUGUAGCUUCUAAUGUUACUACACAACAUUGACCACGUCCUCACAAGGCAGCUGCUGCGUGCUGCGUGGAGUGAGAGCACAUGGAUAGAGAUGCCCCGGCAGCCUCUCGUAAACUACUGAGUCCCGCACUCCUUCUUCAGUGGUUGUGGAGGUCGGUCAGUGGACAGUCGAUUCUUCGCUCCCGAUGGAGUCCCGCCGACAUGUUACACCUUUUACUCACUCGCUCGUUCAUUGGUGAUAUUGUAUGGAUAUCAUGCCUCGUGAAUAAACAAUUGGAUACCGUUGGAUUCCACCGAGGAUUCGCUCGCUCCUUCCCUCCCUCCUCUGUAGAGAAUUAAAGAAGAAUUAUAGUCCGAUCAGGACGCUGGUUCCCGAUGUGUCGACAUCAGAGCUGUUGCGUUGACCUGUACAGUAAGUAAUCCCUUCAAUCGAACCCAGACUCGUGAGUGUUAUGGAAGAAAAAUUUGAGGGAAAAUCUGGAAAUUUUUGGGGAAGUUGUAGUUCAAGUUGAGCUAGGUGGUAUCGCUUGUCAGAGGGGGCCAUUGGGGUCCUCUGGUCCUCGCGGUCGGUCGAUCCAUGAGACGGGAGUGAAGGUGUCGGUGGAGUCAAGGGAGCAUCUCAAGGACACAAACUUCUGAAAAGAGGAGAAACUUUAACAGCUGGUGGACACGAAAUGAAUCGAUACAGUGUUGCGGUGCUAGCGUCACCGGGUAGCGAGUGCCAUUCAGGGGUACAUGUUGAACUGCUACAUGGCUUCGUCCAUCGAGGACGAGAGAGAGGUAGUAUUGCGCAUCAUGUUCAUGAGCGCUCUCCUCAGUCACACUGUACUAUCAUAGGAUCCAUACCUUUCCGGCCAGAAGGUGAGAAGGUGAUAUUUGACGUGUACAUAUGCUUGUGCUUGUUUUGUAAGUGCCUUCCAUCUCAGUUGUUCAGAAUUUCCUAGACCGAUGCGGCCCUUCGGAACGAGUGUCAACGGUUGCUUCCACCGUGUUCCAGGUCGAUUCAACCUUGUGGAAGGGGGUCGAAUCGACCAAUUGAGGAUGAUGCCUUGUUCUCUCAGAUGCAUUCUUCCUGUAGGGUCUGCGUAGUUGGUCAAUCGUGGAGGCAUGAGCUCCAGGUACAUCGAAACUUAGGUCGAGCGGGAGAUCAACCCGAAGAGGAACAACCUUCCGAGCUCAGAAACUUACCUUCCUGUGAAGUCCAUGUGUUUUUGCAUGUGAGUGAGUGAGUGAGUCGUUGACUGCAGUAUACGCACUGUACUCCGCAUAUCAUUCCAACUUGGUGCAUAGAUCGUGAGACCGGGCUUUUGAAUUUUGGAGUUAGAACCUUCCUCCCUAGCUGGAAUGAGAUAUUUUGCUGGGCCAGGUCUAUGAUCACAUCGCAUGUGUUUGUUACAUGCAAGAUGGAGCUAGGGAGAACUUUGCAUGUGUAUUGAACUGUAUUUAAUUGUUCCGUAUAAACCUUCA